AUGGCGUCGAGAAAUACCCUCCGCCGUGCCCUUCUCUACAUCCCCGGAUCAUCGCAACGCUUCAUUGACAAAUCCCGCUCCUUGACCGCAGAUUGCGUCGCCUAUGACCUCGAAGACAGCGUGACUCCGUACAAGAAAGCGGAAGCUCGCUCGCUAGUGCGGAGAGCGCUCGACCAGCCUGCUCCGUCUGGGAUCCGCGAGCGCGCGGUCCGCAUCAACUCUGUCGACAGCGGGCUAGCACUAGCGGAUCUGACCGAAGUCCUCCAAUCCCCCAAUCUCAGCACCAUUGUCAUUCCCAAAGUCAAUUCCGCCUCGGACCUCACCUUCGUCACGGACGUCAUCACCCACACCAUCUCGCAGAAGUCCCAGACACAGGAUGGACACCCGCGGCCCCCCAUCUCCCUCCUGGCGCUCGUCGAGUCCGCGAAAUCCCUGACAAACCUCACCCAAAUCUGCGCAGCGACACCCCUCCUCCAGGGCCUCAUCUUCGCUGCAGAAGACUUCGCCCUCGAUCUCAGUCUCACACGCACCCCGUCCCUGAUGGAGUUCCUGUUCGCACGAUCCGCCAUCGUCACGGCCGCGCGGGCAGCAAACCUCCCGUCCACGAUCGACUUGGUCUGUACGGCGUACAAGUCAACCAAAGGCGAUGGCUCCCCGCCCGCCGUGCUUGAGGAAGAAUGCCGCAGCGGAAAGCAGCUGGGUUUCAAUGGGAAACAGUGUAUCCAUCCCUCGCAGGUGGAGACGGCACAGCGGAUCUACGGGCCGGAAACGGACGAGGUUCAAUGGGCGGUCCGGGUGGUGAUCGCGGACGAGAAAGCCGCGCAGGCUGGCCGGGGCGCGUGGACUCUUGACGGGAAGAUGAUUGAUAUCCCCGUUGCGGAGAAGGCGCGCUCCAUUGUGAAGAAGGCCGAGGCGUGCGGGUUCGAUGUUCGGGAGUUGCGGGAGAAAUGGCAACAUCAGGAGCCUGAAUAA